CAUAGAGUUAAAGAAGAAGCUGUCCAUUUACGUGGGAAGCUCUACUCUGCUGGCACACAACUGAAAGGCCUCCGUAUUCAGAUUGAACUCUCAAGAGCAGGGAGACGUGGAAUUGCAAGAGUUCUGGAAAAGAUGAUAGUGCUAAAUUGUUCCACCAAAUUACUAAUAUUGGAGAAAAUGUUGAAGAGUCACUUUCCUGAAUCACUCAAGGUUUAUGGAGCAGUGAUGAACAUAAAUCGUGGAAAUCCUUUUCAGAAGGAAGUAGUGUUGGAUUCAUGGCCAGACUUCAAAGCUGUUGUCACCCGGCGGCAGAGAGAGGCUGAGACAGAUGACUUGGACCAUUAUACGAAUGCCUAUGCUGUGUUCUACAAGGAUGCUCAGGCUUACAGACAGCUAUUGGAAGAACGUGAUGUUAUCAACUGGGACCAGAUUUUUCAAAUACAAGGGCUACACAGUGACUUAUAUGAUGUUUCCAAAGCUGUGGCAGAUUCCAAGUUUUUGGAUAUAAAGCUAACGUCCUUCCGGGCAGUUCGUUUUUCUCCUGUUUCAACUCUGCCAGACAUCAGUUCCUUGAUGGGGUCUUCUCCACGACUGACCUCCUUGAGCGUUGCUGAUGCUGACUUACUCAACCAGACUUGGUCGCGGGGCGGCAAUGUACAGUGUCUCCGAUACCUCGCUAACCUCAUCUCCUGCUUCCCCAGUGUGUGUGUCCGUGAUGAGAGGGGGAGCCCCGUCUCCUGGUCGAUCACGGACCAGUUUGCCACCAUGUGCCAUGGCUAUACCCUGCCAGAACAUCGCAGGAAAGGGUACAGCCGGCUGGUGGCCCUCACUCUGGCCAGGAAGCUGCAAAGCCGGGGGUUCCCCUCGCAGGGCAAUGUCCUCGAUGGCAACACCUCAUCGAUAGGUCUCCUGGAGAGUGUCCAUGCUGAGUUUUUGCCUUGUCGCUUUCGUAGACUGAUUCUCACCCCUGCCGCUUUCUCUGCCCAGGCUGGCCUCUAGCCCAGAGAAACUCCUGGGAUGUAUGUACUUUCCCUGAACACAUAUCCGCAUCUUAGCCGGCAGUAUGGGGAGAAUUAAAAAUGGGAUCUGGUGAAUCGAAGGUUAUUGGUUAGAGGAAACAUGCAAGAUGAGCUCGGAGAAGCCUUUAAUGCCCAGGUGUCUGUGCUAAGUCACUAUAAGGGUCAGGAAUCACGGUGGCUGAGAAAAGAAGGUGGUUCUUACUUUGGGAUCCACUCCAGGAAAAAAAUAAAAGGAUUUUAAAGCUAGCUUUUCUCAGCUCGGUGGCAGACAUGUCACAAGAGAGCAAAUGAUUUGAAUAGGAGCAUUUGGCCAUUGCUCUCUUAUUACUGCUUGAUCUCUGUAUAGACCAGCUCCUCACUGCCAUGAUCCUCCAGCUGCCUAGUACUGUAUUUCUCCAAUCUCCGUUCUUAACUCUGGUGACCCAAGUUCUCUACAGAAUGCCCUGUGUUUCCCCUUUACUGCCUCUCUGCUGUGUCUGUAGCUCCAGCCUGUACUUCUUCUUUUACAGUAAUGAAGGGUUCACAGCCAUGAUUCUCCUAUCUAAUGUACACCACAGCACAGCCCUUGGUGGAGAGGGUGCAACAUAGAUGGCUGACACCCACUCCCAGAGUUCCUGAUUCUGUAGGACUAGGACCGAGCCUGAAGAUUUGCAUGGUUAGCAAAUCCCCAGCACAUGCUGAUUCCCGUGUCUGGUAACCAGGAUUUGAGAGCCGCUGCUCUAUUACCACAGGCGGAGGAAGGGAACCUGGGUGUAACCAGAUGAUGGCAGCAUAGGGCAUCCAAGUAGGCCUUCCCAAUCACAACUCCAGUCCCCUCAUUUAAAAUCCACAUUUUAGGAGAAACAACGCUAUCCCUGUAGUUACAAGCGCACUUGGGAAUACAUACUAUAUACAUACAAAUGUUCCUUUCCUAUUUUCUCUAAAGACACUUAUAUACUAAUAGAAUUGAGAUAAUACAAACCUUUAAUCCUCAUUAUAUAUGAACAAUUUGAGAACCAGGGAAAAUAAGUGACUUAUUCUAGAUCAUCUAAGUAAUCCAUUUCAGAGGCUGAACCAUAACUUUGUGAUUUUUGGUUACUUCUCUAUGGCUCUUUUCACUAAAACAUGCUGUUUUAGGGUUUCUUCUUGGUAAAAUAAAAUUUCAUUCUAUUA